AUGAUGAAGCCUCCGUUCUUAAUCUUGGACCCGCAAGACUUUACAAUCCAAGAAAUCUUUGGAUUCCACGGAGAAGAAGACUGGCCAGCCUUGGAUGGGCGUCAGAGAUAUCACUUUCCAGCAAAGAGCCUCUCUGCUCCGGUACUGUCUCAUCUCAGACGGCUUGGAAUGCGGAAGAGUGUUGGUGAUGGAGACUGUUUGGCAUAUCUCUGCCAGGUCUUAAAAGAUCAGCACAACAGGCUACCUUGGAAGCGAUACCAAGACUUGCAGCGGGGCUUAAUGCAGCGCAUUGUGGAAUCCUGGAGAGUGCUUCCUGCUGGCCCUCACAGGGAUGCAAUCCUGCAAAAAGCGUUUGUUGACACCUCAAGAGACGCUGAUUCCACAGAUUUGUCUGACACAUUGUUCGAGUUGAAGCCAUUCACUCCGCCAAAUGAGCUUUUCAAGCUCUCGGAACUAGUGUCACGAGCACGCCCGCUGGAUCCAUAUUUAUGCUGGACAACCCUUCCACUGUGCCCAAGAGGGUUUCCGGAGUUUGAGGGGUACCAGCGUCCUACUUUGAAGGAUGUCGUUGCUCAUGCCCUGGCUCUUGGAAGUCUUCCUGACGGAGCAGUGCCUGUGCAUCAGUGGGAAGAAUUCAAAGAGAAGGUGGUGGGACCUAUGUGCCAAUUCCUUGCACAGAAUGAAGUAUUUCAAGAGGCAACCGCACCACGAAGCCAGACAGAGGGUGCCCCUGCACAGAUGGCACGAGAAUGCGCCCAAGUGUGUUCACGACUGCGAAAAGCAAAGUUCAUUGCUAUUCCUCUUGAUCCUGGAAGUGGUGGCACCGGUCCGCACACCUUAGUCGCACCAUGGCGGAUCUCCUUGGUACUAAAGGAGCAUCGACCGCCAAUGUUUGCGCUGCCAGACUACUUGACAGAGCACGUUUCAGUACUGCGCAUGUUGGGGGUGCGAGACGCUGUGGAGCUACCCCAAGAGUCACUAGUUGGCCAAGAGACCGACAAUGCUCGAGCAGCUGAUGAAGCCAUGACGUGGCUUUUCGAGAAUGGCUCAGAGAGCUUCUCAGAUGUGACUGUGAGAUGUGAUGGUGGCAGCCUUUUCCUCCACCGCAACAUCCUCAUGUCACGAAGUGAAUAUUUCAAAGCAAUGUUUCAGGGAGCUGGGAGUGGUUUUCUAGAAAGCCAGAGCUCGGGUGCAGAGGUAUCCUUGAUGGAGUUUCCACUUGAGGUCGCGCAGAUUCUGUUCGGCUACCUGUACCAUGGACGAGUGGACGAGAGGCCCUUAGAAGGUGCAGAUGCCACGUGUUUCGCUCAGACCCCACAACUCCAUAACUUCAUGUCUUCGCGAUUCAAGCUGCAUCAAAUGUCAUGA